AUGCCUGGCGAAGUUAUCUCCGAACCAAAUCCGAAACCGCAGCCUUCACAUCUGCCUGACUAUGUGGAGAAAUUGAGCGUGAAAUUGGAUCAUGAAAACAAAGUUCUAGAUCAGGAUGUUUGUGAUUCUUUGCUCAAAUUUCGCCGAGCUGCUUCAUACAUCGCCGCAGCGAUGAUCUUUCUCGACAAAAACACUUCGUUAAAAGAAGACCUAACAUUCGACCAUAUCAAACCUCGGCUACUUGGCCACUGGGGAACAUGCCCCGGGCUCAUCUUGGUCUACUCCCACCUAAACUACUUGAUCCGGAAAACGAAUUUGGAUAUGUUGUACGUUGUUGGCCCAGGGCAUGGUGCACCGGCAAUAUUGGCCGCAUUGUGGUUAGAGGGUUCACUGGAGAGAUUUUAUCCCCAUUACUCGCGCAACAGCCAAGGUCUACACAACCUUAUCUCGAAUUUCAGCACACCAUCUGGAUUCCCCAGUCAUAUCAACGCCGAAACCCCCGGUGUUAUCCAUGAAGGAGGAGAGCUUGGCUAUGCUCUCGCUGUGUCCUUUGGAGCAGUUAUGGAUAAGCCUGACCUGAUUGUGCCCUGUAUAGUGGGUGACGGAGAGGCCGAAUCCGGUCCAACCGCUGCGUCCUGGCAUGCAAUCAAGUAUAUUGAUCCCAAAGAGUCGGGCGCAGUCUUGCCGAUCUUGCACGUGAAUGGCUUUAAGAUUAGCGAGCGUACUAUCUUCGGAUGCAUGGACAAUAAGGAGCUUGUGGCGCUUUUCAGUGGAUAUGGUUACCAGGUUCGAAUUGUGGAGGAUAUUAAUGAUAUUGAUACAGAUCUACACUGCUCUAUGGUUUGGGCCGUCGAGGAGAUUCAAAAGAUUCAGAACGCUGCGCGCUCUGGAAAUCCGAUUCUCAAGCCGAGGUGGCCGAUGCUGGUCUUACGGACCCCUAAGGGUUGGUCUGGGCCAAAAAAGCUCCAUGGUAAAUUCAUUGAGGGCUCUUUCCAUUCUCACCAAGUUCCUUUGCCAAAAGCAAAAACCGACCAGGAGGAACUCGGUCUCUUGCAGAAAUGGCUUUCUGACUAUAAACCACAAGAGCUAUUCACUUCGGACGGUGAUAUCAUUGACGACAUCAAAUCUGUGAUUCCCAUUGAUGAUGCUAAGAAGCUUGGUCAGCGCAUUGAGAGCUACAAUAGUUAUGUCGCCCCCAAUCUGCCAGAUUGGAGGACCUUCAGUGUUCAGAAAGGCUCCAACGAAAGUGCCAUGAAAUCAAUCGGCAGCCUCAUCAAUCAGACAUUCAAGAACAAUCCAAAUAGUGUGCGGCUAUUCUCGCCAGAUGAGCUGGAGAGUAACAAACUUGAUGCUGUAUUUGAUUCCACUAAUCGCAACUUCCAGUGGGAUGAAUUCGCCAAUGCACGCGGUGGCCGUGUAAUUGAAGUUCUCAGCGAGCACAUGUGUCAGGGAUUUAUGCAGGGCUAUACUUUGACUGGCCGCAUUGGCAUUUUCCCGUCAUAUGAGAGCUUCCUUGGUAUCAUUCACACCAUGAUGGUGCAAUAUUCCAAGUUCAUCAAAAUGGCGCUAGAAACAGAAUGGCAUUCUGGGUUCAGCAGCAUCAACUACAUCGAAACGAGCACCUGGACGCGCCAAGAACACAACGGGUUCUCCCAUCAAAACCCAUCAUUCAUCGGUUCGGUGUUGAAGCUGAAACCAACUGCAGCUCGCGUUUAUUUGCCACCAGAUGCGAAUACUUUCCUCUCGACUUUGCAUCACUGUUUAGGGUCGAAGAACUAUAUCAAUCUGAUGGUAGGCGCCAAGCAACCAACCCCGGUGUACCUGAGCCCUGAAGAAGCCGAGAACCACUGUCGCGCAGGCGCAUCGGUUUGGAAGUUCUGCAGCACAGAUGACGGGAUCAAACCGGAUGUCGUGCUGGUUGGCAUCGGUGUCGAGUUGAUGUUUGAAGUAAUUGCCGCUGCUGCACUGCUGCGUAAGCUUGCGCCAGAGCUGCGAGUGUGUGUGGUGAAUGUCACUGAUCUGAUGAUCCUCGAAAAUGAGGGCCUGCAUCCACACUCCCUGUCCACCGAGGCAUUUGACGCACUCUUCACUCCGGACAAGCCUAUUCACUUCAACUACCACGGCUAUCCAAAUGAGCUUCAGGGAUUGCUUUUCGGACGCCCGCGUCUUGACCGCAUUUCUGUUGCGGGCUAUAUCGAAGAGGGUAGUACCACCACUCCUUUCGAUAUGAUGCUUGUCAAUCGUGUCUCUCGUUUCCACGUUGCUCUGAGUGCUGUUCAAGGAGCUGCCAAGGUCAAUGAGAAGAUCCGGGUUCGUCAGCAGGAGUUGAAGGCUGAGAUUGAAACCGAGAUCGUCGAGAUCAAGAAGUAUAUUAUGGCAAACCACAAAGAUCCUGAUGAUGCCUAUGAUACACCGAAAUUUAACUAG